AAGCAGCCGCCCGUGGCGUAAAACGCUAGCACGCUUACUCCUUUGUGUAUACUUGUUCCUUUCUCUUUGGAUACGUUUGUGUGUGUUACGCAGAGAGAAAGAGAGAGAGAGAGAGAGUCGGGCGUUACUACUAUAGCGUAUAUUCGUAUUCAACGGGAGGGAAUUCAGUGGGGACCGUUGGAGGGAUAUAUACAGAGGGUGGUGGAGGCAAAAUUGGCCAGUGGUGGGGAGAGGAGUGGGGGGUUGCUGCACGCCGGCAGUCAUGCAGGGUGCGUGACCGUCGAUGGAAUAGGGAUUCGGAGUCGAAGUCAGUUGCUGUCGGACGUUCUUGGUGGAACGUUGUCACGUUCUUCACUCUCCGAUUGUACUUCGUACCAUUGUGUACACGUAGUUUCUCACGAAGUUCGGUCUUACUUUUAAACGAUCUUACUUUUAACCGCAGUCGUAUUUUGAGACAAGUAGUAACCGUGACAACGUAUAAAAUAUACAAGUGAUCGAGGAAUAUCAAAGUUUGUGUCAGUCAGUGGUUAUGAUCGUUCGGUGUUUAUUUUAUUCGCAGGUCGAACAACAUCGUUAUUGGGGAUUAUCCGUUUUCUUAUUUUAGUGUCCUUGGUCUCGUCGAUCAGUGAAAUCUCUGCUACGCGCUAUCGACGAUAUCGUCAAAGAUUAUCUCGAAAGUUUCCACUGCUGUUUAUCGGGAAAGGGGAAAACGGCGUGUAACGCGUAUCCGAAUCGGCUCGGACAGAAGUGGUGUCGUGACAGAGUGACUAUGAGUGCGUGACGACCGGAGUGCAACGUUACGACGAUUGGCUUACGCGACUCACGCGACGGAGGCGAGUCAGUUUGCGAGCUGUUGUGAGUAACGACGCGCGUGCGACAAUUGCUCGGCUAUGGAGUCGACACGGCUUCGUUUGGCGAUGUUGGGGAUCGUCUGGUCGCUGUUUUUCAACGCUGGCACGAUACACGGCCGCAGCAUCACCAGUCUCGAGGCACCGACUGGCUGUGAGUGGAAAAAGGACGGAGAAGAUGGGGAAAAAGCUCUGGCCUGUAGGGUUAGGACUAUCGCCAACGUGCCCAGCCUAAUUGGCAAUCUCUCGGCCAUUCAAGUGGACUCGAUCAGUUCUUUGGCCUUGGAAUGCAGUGACGUGUUGUUCUUCGAGAGCCAGAUAGACGGGCCGCACGGUUUCUUCUCCCCUCUGCCUCGUUUGGAGAAGCUUCGCGUGGAUUAUUGCAAGAUCCGAUAUUUGCCAGGCGGUGUUUUCGCGUCCGCGCACAACUUACGCACGUUGUCCGUGAGAACGCACAAUGGAGAUUGGUCGGCGAUGACUUUAGAGCUACACAGGGAUUCUCUUCGUAGCCUAACGUAUCUACAGCAUUUAGAUCUGGCUGAUAACAAUCUGUGGACACUGCCGUCUGAAUUGCUGUGCCCGGUGCAGAGUCUCGCUACAUUGAACUUGACGCGCAACAAGUUACAGGACAUCGUUUCCCUGGGCUUCUCCGAUUUGGUCGAGUCGUGUACGCCUAGUCUCGAGGUGCUCGAUCUCAGCAACAACGAUCUCAGCACCCUGCAUGAUCGAGCUCUGAGCAAUCUGCGCAGCCUAACGGUGUUGAAGCUGCAGGAGAACGUGAUCACAGCCGUGGGUGAUCACGCUCUGGCUGGAUUGACCGCGCUACACUCGCUCAACAUGUCCAGCAACCGUCUGGUAGCAUUGCCGCCGGAAUUAUUCUCACGAACGAAGGAAUUAAGGGAGCUGAUACUUAGCAAUAAUUCGCUGGCGGUAUUAGCGCCGGGCUUGUUAGACAAUCUGGACGAACUGCAGAUACUGGAUUUAAACAGCAACGAAUUGACGAAUCGCUGGGUCAACAGAGACACGUUUUCCAGACUGGUUCGACUUGUCAUUUUGGAUCUGUCUUUUAACGCGCUUACGAGGAUCGACGCACACGUGUUCAAAGGUUUAUACAGCCUUCAGAUUCUAAAACUCGAGCACAACGAUAUCGAAACACUGGUAGAUGGAUGUUUCGGCUCCCUGACGAAUUUGCACUCGUUGACUCUUUCGCACAAUCGCAUAGCGAGAUUCGAUCCAGCACAUACGAUAGGUUUGACCACUCUGAAUCAGCUCUUUCUGGAUACGAAUAAACUCAAAACGCUUCAUCGUCACGUGUUCGACAAUCUAACCGGCCUGCAGGAUCUUUCUCUCCGAGCAAAUUAUCUAACGGAGAUCCCGUACGCGGUUCGCGUGCUCCACUCGCUGAAGACUCUUGACCUUGGCAAAAACCACGUGUCCAGAAUCGACAAUGACUCGUUCGACGGAUUGAGCGAACUGUAUGGACUACGGCUGGUAGACAACAAACUGGAGAACGUAUCGCGCGAAGCGUUCGCCGCGUUGCCCGCGCUGCAAGUGUUAAAUCUGGCGAACAAUUACAUCCGUCACGUGGAGCAGAGCGCGUUCGCGAACAACCCGGUGUUACGCGCUAUUAGAUUGGACGGGAACCAGCUAACCGAGAUUCGCGGCGCAUUUACCAGCCUCACGACUCUGGUCUGGCUGAACGUGUCGGACAAUAAGUUGCUGUGGUUCGACUACAGUCAUCUGCCGAGCAGCAUAGAGUGGUUGGACAUACACGCGAAUCAGAUAAGCGAACUUGGGAAUUAUUACGCGGUUAGGAAUACGCUGCGUAUAAAGUUGCUGGACGCGAGUUACAACCAAAUCGUCGAGAUCGCUGAUGCGAACGUGCCUGAUAGCGUGGAGACGUUGGUCCUGAACAACAACAAAAUACGCGCGAUCGUCCCUGGAACUUUUCUUCAGAAGAGGAGCUUGCAGAAAGUCGUAUUGUACGAGAACGAGAUAAGAAGCCUGGAUGUGGCCUCCAUAGCGUUGCAGACAGUACCGGAGGACGAAGAAUUGCCACAGUUUUAUAUCGGAAAUAAUCCCAUUCUGUGUAACUGUUCCAUGGAAUGGUUACCAAGAAUCAACGAAAUGGCGCGUCUUCGACAGCAUCCUCGAGUGAUGGACCUCGAUUCGGUCACGUGCGAAAUGGUUCACGCGCGCGCGACACCGCGAAGGCCUCUACUGUCACUGAAACCGAAGGACUUCCUCUGUCAAUACGUGGCGCAUUGUUUCGCUCUGUGCCAUUGUUGUGACUUCGACGCGUGCGACUGCGAGAUGACCUGCCCGGACAAUUGUUCGUGCUAUCACGACCACAGCUGGUCGAGCAACGUGGUGGACUGCUCGAACGCCGGUUACAAACACGUUCCUGAAAGGAUACCCAUGGACGCGACCGAGAUCUAUCUGGAUGGGAACGAGCUCGGCGACCUGGGUAGCCACGUGUUCAUCGGUAAACGCAGAUUGGAGGUACUGUUCCUGAACAACAGCGGCAUAUCGGCGAUUCAUAAUUUCACGUUCAACGGCGUGGGUGCGUUGCGCGUCCUUCACCUCGAGGACAAUGCGCUACGUGAGCUGCGUGGCUUCGAGUUCGAUCAGCUGGAACGUAUGUCCGAGCUCUAUCUGGAUCACAACGCGAUCGCGACCGUGGGCAACACGACCUUCAAAAAGAUGAAAAAUCUUGAGGUGUUGAGAUUAGAUAGCAAUCGAAUCGUCAACUUCAGGCCAUGGGAGGCAUUACCCAGCGUCGGGGAUAGUACGCGGGUCGCUUUGGAGGGUAACGCUUGGAGCUGCGAAUGCGGCAGCGCUGCUAAAUUGCGCGGCUGGCUAGCCGAGCAUCGUGGGGAUCCCGAGAAGAUGUACUGCCGCGACGGCGCCGAGACUCUGGCGCAGGCUAUGAAGCGUUGCGGCGAUCCGUCUACAGAGGCCGUCAGCCGUGGCAUUCAGGAAAUCCCUUUGCUAGGUGGCAACUUUGUGCCGCUUUUAGCGGGCGCCUUGGUGAUUGUGAUCGCCAUUUGCCUGUUCGUCGCGCUCGCCUUCGCUUUUCGCCAGGAUGUGCGUCUCUGGGCGCACGCACGUUACGGUCUUCGCCUUGGAAAAAUGACCACGCCGCCGGACGAAGAAAGGGAUCGCCUUUACGACGGCUACAUAGUCUACAGUGAGAGAGACGAGGAUUUUGUCUCCAGAUUCUUGGCCGCGGAAUUGGAACAGUCUGGCUUGGCUCUUUGUCUUCACUGGCGCGAUUUGCCACCGGCCAGGCCGCAAGAAGCGGUACCACCGGCUGCGGCGGCAGCCAGACGCGUCGUUAUCAUUUUCUCGCCGGUGUUCUUGGCAAAUGAAUGGCAGCAUACGGAAUUUCGUGCUGCCUUGAGGACCGCGCUGGAGAACAUCAGACCCAGCUCGAGGAAAAGACGCGUAGUCAUUCUUCUGGCUACGGAAGCUCCUGCCCGCGAUCCCGAAUUCCAGCUACUGCUUCAAACCUGUACGGUCGUCAUGUGGGGCGAGAAGAGGUUCUGGGAGAAACUACGGUUCGCCAUGCCCGAUUCCAUGGGCAAAAGGAGAGACAGCAAGAAGGUGAACGACCGAAAUCGCAAACCGGCGCGUUACACCGCCGCGCCGUCCGCUGGCGACGUAUGGACCAAGCCUAAUGGCGUUUUGGUCGCACCGGUGCACGCACCCACGCCAACGCCUACGCAGUCCACCUAUGUCAGCUCGGCGUCCAGCAGAACGGAGGACGAGGACAGCGGCGCGGAACAUCAGCAUCAGCAUCAACAUCAGCACGGCGGUUACAGCGCGUUGCACACCGGAAACGCGCGGCCGGCGAGCCUGUCCUCGAGGGGCAGCCAUCUUUACAGCACCAUACCGGAACCACCGGUGCCCACUGCACCUCCUGGUGAGGUCUUGACGCAUCCAGCCAAUCCUCGUACUUAUUUCGUCUAGUAUAGACGGUCCUCGUCGUACGUCGCGCGACGAUCCACGAUUCACCGUGUCAGAGGCUGGACUCUGAUGGAGCUUGCGAUUGUAAAAAAUUCGCUCUAGGGAUGGGAAUGAGAGUGGAACAAGGAGAGAAAGAAAAAUAGGAAAUGAAAGGAACAGAGAGAGAAUGAGGGAACGUAUGUUGCGGUAGGAUAUUUGUACAGUUUCGUUCGCGAUGGACCGACGCGAUGGCGUACACGCGACGAUUCGCCCGGCGUCGCUCUGUUUGCUCUUCCACUAGAAUCGGUUGAUUAGGGAUCUUCCUCGGUUUUCCGUGUUCCGUGUUACGGAACGAGCGAGGAGGAUCGUUUAUGCAGGGGUUUCGGGGUCGGGGUUGGACGUCGGUAUCGAGAGUAUCGCCUCGCGAGAAAGUGUUUUCCAUAGGACGCGAGGCAGUCUCGAGCCUUUUCGUUUACCUCGACGAGUACGAACGCGAAUAUCGAUAAAAUCAAGAGAGCCAGGUUUAUUUGAUACAGGUUCCUUUGUAACAGGGAACGCACACGUGAUCGAGUCAUUAUGUUUUCGUACUAGAGAGAAGGAAUUCAAAAUACAGUUUUUUCUCUUUACGACGAACAUUUUUCGGAUAUAUGUGUAUGUGUACGAAGCGAAAAGAGUAAAAGCUUUAGGUGAUAAAAAGAAAAAAAAAACAUGGCAGUCAAUGAGGACAUAGAAUGUAAUUAUUGUUCUCGUCACUCCUUUAGGGCCUAAGAUGAAACAGACACACUGACAAAAAAAAGUAUUAAAUUAAACGCAACCCCAGAGAUUCGAAGUAGAUUAUAGAAAUUCUUCUUCGUUGUUGCACGACCACCUCGUUCAGGAUUCGUCUUCGCGUGCAUCCUUCGAUUUCUGAAAGCGAGCGAAGAAAAGGCCAGGCCCCGAAAUUCUUCUCGUCAUCGGGGCUUUCGUGACGUCGAGAGUUUCGAUCACGCUUGAAAAAUAACUCUCACCGGCCGUGCCGCUUCGUCAGACUAGCAUCCACCGAUUUCACCGUGCACCUCGAUCGAUCGCGAGUUUUCACCUUUUUUUCUCACGUACGUUGUUAUUUAUUUUCCAUUCGUUCGCGAUUUAGCCGACCAAGCUCUGUGAUUUCGUUUGUUUUACGACCCUUCGACGAUUGCGAUAUGAUACGUUUUUGUUAAGGAUCAAUAUGUUUUCGUUUUGAAGUAUGUGAUUUUGUUUUACGAGAGAAUUGCGAGAUUAUGUGUCUCUCAGAGGCUAUUACGAUGGUUUUUAUCGAGAAACAUAUACUUUUCUCCGAAUGAUUAGAAGAUUCGUAAAUUAUUAAUCGACAAAAGUUCAUGACGUUUUUUUUAUUUUUUGACGAUACUCUCAUUUCUUUAAAAAUCGUAAUCUUCUAGUUAUUUCAACGUUCUUCGAUAACCUUUGCUCUCUACGACUUAACGCACACGACAGUGGGGCAAAUUAAAGCUACUCAAAGAUUUCUAUUUCUCGUAUAAAUUUCUCCACGCACGAUGUAAAAUAUAAUUCACCCUAUUCUCGUGAAAAAACACGUGAAACCAUCGUGGUAGCUUCGUGUUUCUCAAAAGCGAUGGAUACGCUCGUAUUUAGUUCCAGAUUAAUUUUUAUUUUUGAGGACUGUACGUUUACUUCAGCGAUCAAGCGUUUUUCUUCCAAUACGGUGUAUUUUAUAUUUUUCUCCCUUUCUUCCCGUAAAAGAGCGCUCGGGAACGCGAUCGAGUUGGUAGCUACAGGAUCAUCGAAGCGUUCGAAGCGGCCCGUAUACCGAUCGAAAAUGAAAGAGAGAAAAGACGAGAACGAUACGUGUCGUAUGUGUCGCGUGUGUUCUCCGUGAUCCCGGGGCGCGCUCUUCUUCGUACUAAUUGUAUAUUUUUCCCCCCGUUCUCGGGAGACGGAGUCGGCACACCCCUAGUUCUCAUUCCUGUCGUUCGUUCGUCAAUUCGUUAGCUAGAGAGAAAGGAAUUUAAACGAAUGUGUGGGAGCAUUAACGAGAGAAAUCGUCUCUUAGAAGCGCGUGUUCGAAAAAGAAUAAAGAGAAGAAAAAGAGAAGUUACGUUGGUACAUGGAUCGAGGAGAAGAUGAGAGAGUGUGAAAAUAAAAAAAGAGAAAAUAAAAGG